AUGGCGUCUCAUAUCUUUAACAAGGAUGUUCUCUUCGAAAUCUUCUCAAGAGCCGAAUUGAAGACGAUGAGGAAGUGUCGGGUUUUAUCAAAGGAAUACAAGGAUCUUACCUAUGAAUCGAGUUUCAUGCAGUCACAUUCUCAAAGGACGAGAACAAUGGUGGGAUAUUUAAUUCAAGGUUCAAGAAGAAUAAAUCGUUUUGAUUCGCUCUUCUUGUCGAUAGAUAAUAUGGAUAUCGAUCGAAAAUUAACUCUGAAUAACCUUGAUUUUCUAUCUAAAAGAGAACCAGUCAAGAUUCUAGCGACCGUCUACGAAGGUUUGGUUCUCUGUGGCACAAGUCAAUUUGGACGUGACCAGUUUUAUAUAUGCAAACCUAGCACACAACAGUCAGAAAUCAUCCCGGGUCCGAACCGUAGAUAUUUUACGACAAAGAUGGGCAUGUUGGUGCUUGGAUCGAACCCUUUACGGUUUAAAAUAGUUCGACUCUCCGACAGCGGGCAUGACGAUUUAGAGCCUACACCGAGAUAUUCUAUGUCCGAUGGAUAUUACAGACGAUACCAUUGCGAGAUAUUUGAUUCAAAGAGUUGGGAAUGGAAGCAGUUGGAUGAUUUGAUGUUAUCUUACUACGAGCUUUUCAACAAUAAGCCGGCCGUUUCUGCAUGCGGCAGCCUUCAUUGGCUUACGUAUCACGUCGAACGACAAAAUAACAAUGUAUUGUCUUUUGACGUAGAUAGAGAGAGUUGGGCGAUGACAUCAUUGCCCAACUUUCUUUGUCGAAAUAAUUGGCAUUCGAUCAACCUCACAACAUGCCAAGGGAGCCUCGGGUUGAUAUGCAUCGGUAAAGACCUUAAUUCGGUGGAUGUAUGGGUUUUAAGAGGUUGCUUCCGGCAAAUUUGGAUGAAAAAACAUACGGUGAACCUGGAAAGCUUGAAUGAAGGAACUACACAUGCUCGAGUGGAUUCAUUCUACAAUGCCGAUACUUUAUUCAUCAUCGGAUUGUGGACUGCAAUUUUCUACAAUUUCAAGACUGGUGAAUCUAAAAGCAUUGAACUUCCAGUCAAUUAUCAGAUGCCUGAGUCGGUAUAUUUUAUUCAAUCAGAUUCUGAGUUUGUCACCUUGAAACCUUGA